UUCCCCUUUUCCCCUUAGUUUGAGAAGAAUGGCUAGUGUUGGGAAGAAAUCAAAGAAGACCCAUGAGAGUAUCAACAACAGGUUGGCACUUGUAAUGAAGAGUGGAAAAUACACUCUUGGUUACAAGACUGUUCUCAAGACUCUCAGGACCUCCAAAGGGAAGUUGAUAUUGAUAUCAAACAACUGCCCACCUUUGAGGAAAUCUGAGAUUGAGUACUAUGCUAUGCUUGCUAAAGUUGGUGUUCACCAUUUCAAUGGCAACAAUGUUGAUCUUGGAACAGCAUGUGGGAAGUUUCACCGUGUGUCAUGCCUCAGCAUCAUUGACCCAGGUGAUUCAGACAUUAUCAAGUCUCUGCCUGGAGAUCACUAAGAGUUGGUGAUCUAGUAGUAAUCCUCUAGAAACUAUUUUACCCGGGCUGCGCCAAUCAAUUUUACUUAUGUUGAGAGAAUCUGUACUAUCUUUUUAUUCUUGUACUUCGGAGUUAUACCAAGAUCAUGGAGGAUUUUGGUAUUAUCUAGUUUUGUUGGUUUAUCAUUUCUCGAGAAGUUUUGAGGCCAAGUACAUUAUGAUUUAUUCAUAGAUCAAUUUCCCUUUA